AGAAAGAAAAGAAAGCAGAGCAUCUUGCAUGGCGAUCUGUCAGUUCGUACCCCUCCACCGUUAAAAUCCCCAACAGCUUCCCGACCAGGCCACCCCAAAUGGCGGCGCCGCCGCCAAACUCCGACCCAGGAGGUCCGCCGGAGUCGCCGUUCUUUCAAGUCCCGGACGAGCUCCUCAGGGAGAUCUUCCUCCUUCUCCCCACGGCCGCCGACCUCGCCCGCGCCACCACGUCCUGCGCCUCCUUCCACCGCGUCAUCGCCGACCACAAGUUCCUCCGCUGCUACCGCGCUCUCCACCCACCGCCUCUCGUCGGCGCCAUAGGAAGUUCCUUAGUAACAGCGCAGCCGCCCCACCCCUCGGCCGCCGCCGCCCGGGCCUUCGCCGACUUCGACUUCUCCGACUCCUACUUCCAGUUCGUCCCCUCUAGCGCCGGCCGUUGCUGCUGGCGGCGGCUUCACUUCUUCGAAGGACGCGCUCUCCUCACCGCCACCGCGGUCGACGAAGGAAAAGAGUCAAAAGACACAUUCCGCGACGUCCUGUACCGCGAUUUUUUGGCCAGGGAUUUGGCUGUUUGCGACCCUGUGCACCGCCGCUACGUACUGCUGCCGGCCGUCCCCGCCGACCUAACCGCGUUGAUCUAUAAACCGGACUUCCUGGACGAGGAUACUUUCCUUGCUCCCGGUGAGGAUGAGGAUGACCCCUUAUCAUUCAGAGUGAUGUGCUUGGUGCAAUGCAGAAUGAAACUGGUCCUCCUCGUCUUCUCCUCCUCUUUGGGUGGACACUGGUGUGCUCUUACGUUUGACCGAUCAAAUGCUCAGGCAGUAACUUCACUUUUACAAUGUGAGCCUGACUUGCCAGAUCGUCAGUACCUCCAUGGACGCUUUUAUUGGGAGUUGAGUUUCUCGAACCAGCUGCUUGCGCUUGAUGUGCGCGUGAUGGAGUUCUCUGCUGUUGAUCUCCCACCUGAGCAACCAGAUGACAGUUUCGUCAUUGUCGAGGCAGUGGAAGGAAUGCUUGGGAUGUUCACUUUACGCAGUGAAGAUGAAGCAUAUUGGCUCACAUAUUCCAUUCUGAGAAAUAACCAAUGGCAGUCGGAGAAGGUCAUCCCAAUCCCAUUGCUGAUAAACCAUUGUCAUCCGAUGGGUGUAGCUGGGGGAUACCUGCUUAUACAAUCGGGGUACACCAUAUCUUCAGAGGAGAAGCGAGAUGUUAGAUUUUUUUCGGUGGACAUCAAGACAUGGCAGGUUGAGUUGUUUGCUGGGCCUAGCAAAGUCAUAUUUCCUUCUCAUCUCUAUUCUGGUUUCCCACCAUCAUUGUGUGCACCAACUAUAUGAAGUGGUGAUGAUGCCAUUUCAUAAAGGAGUUGAUUCCGCUGAGCGCAUUGUGACCUUGGAAGAGAAAGGGGUGCAUGGACUAGAUGUAUUCGCUUGCUCAACGAUGGAUCCAGCAUCCAAUCGUAGACAGUGGAUGUGCCUCUACUCCGUAGUUUAUAUACAUGCUUAUGAUGUGUGCGCGGUGCUAUCCUCACACGCAAUUUCUUUCCAGUUACAACAUUUGAAGUUUAUUUCAGUCUCUGAACUUUUAGGUGCUGGCUAUUUACAAACCAUUGGAUCUCGGUCUGAAUAUUUUGUUGCUGCAGUGUCAAUGUCUAGAAGAAUUGGUGUGCCUGCUUAAAGUACGAGUUUGUUUGUUUCAGUGAACUCUUCCAAUGACAA